CUAAUUCGAGCGAGUUUAUGCCGCUGGUGUGGUCGCACUAGCAAGUCCGCUAGGAAAACGCGACAUCGUCAUUUAAAAUGGCGCCAAAGAUUAACCUGAGCCAGUGGAUCGCUGGUGGAUCUGCCACACUGUGCCCCGCUGGCUAGCCGCACAGAUAGCACAACAACAUUCUCGUGCGAGUUGAUAUACUUUGUUCAUGUGCUCACGUUGAUUUCAGUGUCCCCACGCUGGAGCUCUGCCGACACACGACGAUGAAGAGAAGCAGGCACCACAGCAGCAGUGAUGACUCCGACAAUGGAAGUAAUUCAACCUGCUGGUCCCAACAUUCGUCUCAGCCCAGGAGGGGGACGGGGCAGAAACCCUCCGAGGUUUUCAGGACGGACCUGAUCACAGCCAUGAAGGUUCACGACUCGUACCAGCUGAACCCCGAAGACUACUAUGUCCUCGCCGACCCGUGGAGGCAGGAGUGGGAGAAGGGCGUCCAGGUUCCCGUCAGCCCCCAGUCCAUCCCACAGCCCGUCACCAGGGUUUUGGUAGAGAAAGGAAAGGAGGUCAUGUUCAUCCGGCCGAAGAAGCUGAUCCGGACGUCGGGCGCCGAGGCUCUGGGCUACGUGGACAUCCGGACGCUGGCAGAGGGGAUGUGUCGCUACGACCUGAACGAGGAGGACGUGUCCUGGCUGCAGAUCGCCAACGAGGAGUUUGCAGAGAUGGCCAUGCCGCCGUUGGAUGAGAUCACCAUGGAGCGGGUGAUGGAGGAGUUCGAGCGCUGCUGCCACGAGAACAUGACGCACGCCAUGGAGACGGAGGAGGGUCUGGGCAUCGAGUACGACGAGGACGUCGUGUGUGACGUCUGCCAGUCGCCCGACGGCGAGGACAACAACGAGAUGGUGUUCUGCGACAAGUGCAACAUCUGCGUUCACCAGGCGUGUUACGGCAUCCAGAAGGUCCCAAAGGGAAGCUGGCUGUGCCGGAUCUGCGCCCUCGGCAUUCUGCCAAAGUGCCAGUUGUGUCCCAAGAAGGGCGGCGCCAUGAAGCCGACCCGAAGUGGAACCAAGUGGGUCCACGUCAGCUGUGCCUUGUGGAUCCCAGAGGUGAGCAUCGGGAAUCCAGAGAAGAUGGAGCCGAUCACCAACGUGUCCCAAAUUCCCAGCAACAGAUGGGCGCUGAUCUGCUGCAUGUGCAAAGAGAAGACGGGAGCGUGCAUACAGUGCUCAGCGAAAAACUGCCGGACUGCCUUCCACGUGACGUGCGGCCUCCACGCCAGCCUUGAAAUGAACACCAUCCUCACCGAGGACGACGAGGUCAAGUUCAAGUCCUACUGUCCCAAACACUCCGGGCUCGAGGGCGACGAGUGCAGAGACCGAGAUUCGGGAGGAGAGGAGGAGAAGGAGAGGGAGAGCACCAGAGACAAGAAGGGGAAGAGGAGAGGACGGGUGAGAGGGGAGGAGGACGCCGCCGCCUCCUCGUCUUCGUCGCCCUAUGUGGCUCCUCAGAUCACCAACAGAGCGCCAAGCGACGCAGAGCAGCUCACCGCCCAGCAGGAGAAGAGAGUCAACAUGCGUAAACUGAAGCUGGAGGCGAUGGAGGAGGACUUCUACCAGUACGUGGAGGUGGAGGAGGUGGCCAGUCACCUGAAGCUGGCGCCGGAGGUGGUGGACUUCCUGUUCCAGUACUGGAAGCUGAAACGCAAAGCCAACUUCAACCAGCCGCUCCUGACGCCCAAGAAGGAUGAGGAGGACAGCCUGGCACGCCGCGAGCAGGAGGUGCUGCUGCGACGACUGCAGCUCUUCACGCACCUCCGUCAGGACCUGGAGAGGGUGCGUAACCUGACCUACAUGGUGACUCGGAGGGAGAAGAUGAAGCGCUCGCUGUGGAAAGUCCAGGAGCAAAUCUUCCAGCACCAAAUCCGACUGCUCGACCACGAGCUGCUCACAGGUGAUCCCUCAGCGAAGGACUUGGAGAAGCUCUUCUCUCUGGGCUGGUUAUCCUCUCAGGGCUCCCAGUCUCACUCCGGACUGAAAACCAAACGAUCUUCUCUCAAGCAGGAAAAAAGGAAAAACAGCAGCAGCAGUGGCGACAGGAGAAGCCUCUCCGACUCCCCGCACACUCACAGGAAGGACAGUCUGAGCAAACCACUGGAAACGAAGGACAGUAAAGGCUCCCGAAUCAAAGAGUCUGCACCUGCUGAGGCCAUCAGCGACGCCAAAAUCCAAAUCUCUGAGAUCAGCGCAGAGAUUCAGCUCCCAAAGCUUCAGAAGCCAGAGGUCGUUCAGGAGACGAUCACGGUCAAGCUGCACAAACUGGACAGCAGGAAAGCCCUGCGGAGGGAGGCCCCGGGGCCCGAACACGAGGCGCUGGCCAGACGGAAACGAGACGACCACGAACAAGAGGAGAGGAAGAAGAAGAGGAGCAAGGAGGUGGUGGAGAGCUUCAGCAGCAGCCAGGUGAAGAACAAGCUCCCAAAACACCUGGAGAAAACCGUUUCCAUCAGGCUGGUCGACAUCAGGAACUCUGACAGCGACGACUACUUCCUGGACGAGCGAAUAGUGAAAAGGAGCUCCGUCUCUCUGGAUGUGAACAACACUAAACUCCACAGAGCCAGCGUGGUGUCAGACGCCGCCGCUGUCACCAAAACUAACGGCUGGCUGAGGAAACACCACGCCAACGGCUCGCACGCACCCAGCAGACCUGUGCCGGGACAUCUGAAAGGCUGGGGGAAGUUCAGGAUCCCAAAGAGGAGCGAGAGGCCUCUGAUGAAGGAAGAGGAGGAGGAGGAAGAGGAGGAGCACCACAAGCCGCUGCUGAGGCCGCUGACCAACACGCCAGAACCGUCGUACCCCAGGACGAGACUCCGCACGGGGGCGGAGAACGACGGCUACGCCUCCGACUCCAAACCCGGCGAGGGCGACAUGGAGCCCUGCCUGAAACGAUGCCACUCCCACCAGCUGAGGGGCGACUCGUCUCUCGGCCGGCGCUACGGGUCUGACAUCAUCCGCCGAGGCGUGCUCGCCUCCUGACGGCGGAGCAACACUUAAUAAGCUGCACUGUGUUAGUCGGAAAAGAACGACGGUUGCUCUUUGUACCUUUAUUUUUCUGGAUGAAUCGUAAAAGAAAAAAUGCCUAGAUUAAAAACAGAGCUGAUAUUUAUUUUUUAUUUGUAACAUAUGUAAAUCUGGGAAAUAUUUUACUUUUUACUUUAUUUUGAGCUAGUUUUUAUAAUUUCUUUUUUUCCCUUAAAGGAACAGUUCGGUGUUAAAUAAAGAUUCACUCUCUAAUCCAACCUGUCGACGAAAAGUCGGGUGAAGUUUCGUCGUCUGCAAAACUUUUCUGGAUCUUCACAGUGUUGAAAUGUUUCUCCUCGACAACUGAAGAAGCUGAAGGCUACAAAAAUCAUGAAGUGUCUUCAUGCAGCUCUUCUGACAUUAUACAACAGUGAUGUGCGAUUCCACAGAUCUACUGUUUAGUACUUAAGAUUCUCAUUAGUUGUGCCUGAUAUUUAGAAGGUCAGAUGUCACUGAAAAUGUCACUGAAAACUCUCGUUGCCUUCGUUGUGAUUUAAAUGGAGACAAACAUUUAUCUUCACUUUUUAUUCGUACAGUUCAAAGAGCUGGUCUGAAGCCCUGCGACGGCAAAGACUCUGUAAAAACAUUUCUGUACACGUCACGAUAAUGUUAUUGUGAAUACGUUUGGCUUUGAUAAUCAUGUAGUUAAAAAAUAUAUCAUGACAGCCCUGAUACAGAUGACCUGAGAUCCCAGCCAGGGUUUGACGUCUGUGGUGUCGCACGUCCUUAUUGGAUCACUGCAGUCGAGCCGCCUGGAGCCAUUUUAUGUAUUUUUAGUAAUUUUCUUAAGUUUCUUUCAGCUGUUUAGGAGAACGCUGCGAAGCUCCAGAAAUGUUUCGUGAACUGCGAGAUGUUCCUUCGGCGAGCAGAUAAACGUCUGACUUUUCAUUUCUGCGAUCUCUGUUCCUUUUAGAAGAGUAGAAAGAUGUCAAGUUGCCACUUAAACGCUCGCUCAGAUAUUUUACAAGCAGAAGCAUCAACGAGGGAGAAGUUGUGAUCGUUGCUUGGGACCAUAAGCUUGCGAUGUAAUUAGUUGUUUUUUUUCGUUGUUGAUAGUAUUAAAACUCAGUUGCACUUAGUCGCAGAAGCUGACACAGAUACUCUUCAGUCAGUGAAGUAGGACUCUAUAGAUCUUGUUUUUUUUCUUUUUCUUUCAUCGAGCUUCAUCGGCUACAAACAGGAAGUCAAACUGCCCUUUCAUGGCUGUUUAAUCUCCAGCUGUCACCACGUCUUCAGAGUGUUUGAUCGUGAACUUGGGAAGGUUCGGAAUGACUCGUUUCACUCGUCAUCAGCAAUUAAGUGUAAUUGAACCGCGAUCGUAUCCAUCAUGUGCCUAACUUUAAUUUGCACUACGAGAGGACGGCACAGGUGUGAGGUAUGAGUAGAUUAUUUUUACACUGAAAACUGAGAAUAAAGCGUUUUGUACCCUCGGCCGCUGCUGUACUACUGUUAUGCAAAAUGAAACCUGUUUUGUCUUCGUCUCAAAGAGGAAUAAAAACUCUGGAGGACUUAAAA